AUGUCAGCAAUCGUGCUCCUGUCUUCCUCUCCACCCCGAGCAUUUGCCCCCUCGCCGACACCGGUCACAUCUUCGUCACCUCUACCUUCACCGAGCGCUCUAUUGAAAAAUGGUAUUUCGGGAUCACAGCGGUUCAAGCCCGUGUCUAAAGUCAGAGAUGGGUUCUCCAGUGGUUUCAGCAACGCUCGAGCACUGUUGACGACAAAAAUCGGCGCGGAGAAUAUACCGCUGCGCUCUCCAGGCAAAGAGAGGUUCAAACCGGCAAGCCCAGCACCUCCACGAAGCUCCAAAGGGAUGGGUAGUCAAGGAUCAAAAUUCAUUACGGAAAAGGUGGGCUCGCAUACGGACGAUGAGUUGGUGUCUUCCAGACCGGUGGGAUCGCAAACACAAGCCUGUGGGCCAAAUCCUCAACCUUUGCAGUCCGAGUCUAUAGAUGAUGCGCCGCGCAAGGAUCCCUCAAACCGCGAAAGACGUCGUACCAGAGAGUAUAGUCCUCUCUGCCUGGAACAAGCCCUCCCCAGACGAUUAGACUGGACUCCAGUCAAACCAAGCACGAAGGUUUCGGCGAUUAUACCGGAGCCUGAGGUGCCCAGUUUGGGUUUCUCGAAAGAUCUUAUCGACAAUUUUACAUAUGCUGAACCGACGCACCGCGCAGUACACGAGGUAGCAACAAGCUUUGGCAGAGACGGCGAGCCGACAAAACGAAGGCGUAUAGAUAUUGUCGUGACGGGAACCUCCAAUGCAGAACCAUCACUCCGGCCGGCGGAUACUCUGCACGCCAAAGAAACAGCAAAGAAAGGGAGCAAGAGAAGAAACAAGUCGCCGGCCAAAAAGAUGCUCACAAUCACCGGUCUAGCUACUUCACGCUAUGGCAGGGAGGAUGAGAGAACUGGCGUCAAGGUUGCUCCUAUGCUGGAAUAUCUGACUGCAACGCAGCUUGGCGCCGGCGAGCUGGACUCUGCUGCCGCGAAUACGGCUUCGAAGAAGGGUUUAAGGCCAAAGACUGGCGGCAAGAAGGCUCGCGGAGGCAAGAAACCCUCGGCCCAAAGUCGUCUGUUGUCUCCCACAUCUGCCAUGCAGGCAAUUGAAAGCCAAGAGACCCUGUUCGGGUCGGCAAGUCAGCUGGCUCGGGAAGAAUCGCCCACAUUAUUGCGGGAUACAUUGGAAGCUCUCAAGAGAUCGGAGUGUUUCUGGUCCUCGGAUCCAAUUUCUCCACAGCGGACACAGCCUGUUUCUAUUGAGUCAACUUCGCCAUACAAGUGCCGUGGGACAGACCGCUUUGUAAAGAAGAAAAACUUGUGGAUGGCCGCUGGAAGGGACGAAGAUAAUGCGCUUCUGCAUGUUGAUACGGUUGAUCUGAUUGAUUCUCCAGCAGUACGGCAAGCGCUUCCGGGAAAGGAUGUUCUUCUGCAGCCAGCGGAGCCGGGUGUCCGAACAAGGAGUAGCGAGCAAUCCGGACGCACCGACCACGAUACGGAUACUCCUCUAGUCAACAAGGCCGGGCCGUUCAUCGAUAUUGACGAUAUUGUGACUCCUGGACCUCAAGUGCGUAUGAGAGCCCCAGCAACUAUACAAGCAAGGUCCUACCACACCACACGGACUUUGGAAGUUCCCUCGGGUCACACCAACAGUGCUCAGACUACCUCACCAGAGCCUCGGCCGCGACAAGUGGCUGCACGAGCUACAAAUAAACCCGUCCCGACCAAGCCUUGCUAUGCUGGCUUCCAGACUCAUGAAUUACAGAAGCAGAUCUCUGCGUUCGGUUUCAAGCCCGUCAAGAAGCGUGAAAAGAUGAUUGAGCUUCUCGAGCGUUGCUGGGAAGACAAACACGGAGUCUCACCUGGAGAUGGUGAAAAAGGAGAGGAGGCUCCCGAGGCCAUGACACACGGCGACUUCCUCAGCAAAGUCCACGACGUUUCUGCGAGGCCGGUUCCCAAGGUCAAGAAGCCGCGAGCAAAGCGAAAAUCGACAGACACGGAGCCCAAACCUGCGAAGGAGCCCAAGCAGAGGAAGAAGGCCGAGCCGAAAGCCACAAGCAAAGCUGCAUCCGCCAGAGUCACCAAGACACCACGCAAGCGGACGACAAAGAAAGCGUUAUCGGAGGAGGUCGUCAUGGAUGUGGACGACAUUGACGCUGAAACCGAAACUACUACCACCGAUCCACAAGGACAAGAGAGCUUAACGAAGCCUGCAGCAGUCAAGCCCAAAACGCCCAAAUCAAAGCUCACUACAGUUGCAGCGACACGAGCCAAAAGGCCCGCAACACCUCCCCCGACUCUGCCCUUGAUCAACUUCUCAUCCUCUCCGGCCCCUGGAAAUGGUCCUAGAGAGCCAGUUGCCGACGAACCAACAGGCGUAGAAGAGACAUCGGACCGGGCUAGACUGAACCGCACAAUGACAGCGCACAACUUGACACCUGACCACACGCCCGCCCUGCCAGAGAUCCAGUCUCAGAUCCACGCGGCCAUACAUUUCCGCCCAGACGCCAGGGCCAAAGACGCUGCUAACUCGACUGAACGCAACCGCGACCACACCGUCUCUCCAACCUGGCGUGAGAGAAUCCUCAUGUACGAUCCGAUCGUCCUCGAAGAUCUGACGGUGUGGUUGAAUACCGAGGGGUUCCGUGCCAUCGGCGAAGACCGCGAAGUGGGAGCCCUCGAGGUGCGCGAGUGGUGCGAGACCAACGGCGUCUGUUGUCUCUGGAAGGGCGGGUGGCGAGGGAACGGCCAUUCGCGUGCAAGUGGGACUGCGAGUGGCAGUGGACGCAAAGGCGGCAGCGGGGAAGGAUGA